UUUCCACAGUGCAGCUAAAAGCCAGAAAGCGACGAGAAGGAAUCCAGAUGUUGUCAGAAGUUUCUUAGUUUAAUGUAACGCAGAGAGAGAGAGAGAGAGAGAGGGUGUUUCCGGUUUCCGUGUUUACGCGUCCUGGAGCUGAAGUCGUACGAACACGAGGCAGUGCUAGUCUGACAUUAGCUUAGUUAGCUUAGCAAAUACGAAGCGGCUAGUUCAGCAGGAUUUAAAGGUGUCGCCAGAGAAACGGUGGCUGAUAAUAUAUAUAUUAAAAAAAAAAAAUCAGUUUUAGUGUUUGUUGGCGUGUGUGCGCGCGCGCGCGUCUGCGUGUGGGUGCGCGCUCGCGCGCGUGCAGGCAUGGCACAGAGGCUCGCGCCUCCAGUCCAGCGUCAUGCAACUUGGAUAAAAUGCCAAGUUUGCUUUCAGUCCUAGAGCUAACAGCACUCAGUGGGUUUUAUCUCUCUCUCUCUCUCUCUCUCCCUCUCACUCUCUCUCUCUCGUGUAAAAAGAGCCGUCGUCUGAUGAUUCCUGAACACAUCACUGGCUUGUAGUCUUGGUUUCUUUUUUUUUUUUUCUUUUUUUUUUCGCUUGGAAUUCCUCGACGACUGAUUAAGAAAAAUCCAGGAAGGUGUGUGUUUGUAUUGCUGGAAAAAGGACCUGAAGUGAAGCAUGGCUGCCACCCUAUCACCAGAGGAAGAGCAGGCCACUAAGCAGUUCCUGGAGGAGAUCAAUAAGUGGACAACUCAGCAUGGAGUCUCACCCCUGACCUGGGAUGUGGCCGUGAAGUUCCUCAUGGCAAGGAAGUUUGAUGUCCUUCGGGCCAUAGAACUCUUCCACAGCUACAGGGAGACACGACUGAGGGAGGGAAUCGUCAAGCUUCAGCCCCAGGAAGAGCCGCUGCGCUCUGAGCUCCUCAGUGGCAAGUUCACUAUCUUGGGAGUAAGAGACCCUUCAGGUGCCUCCAUUGCCCUGUACACAGCAAAACUGCACCACCCGAAUAAAACGGGCAACCACGUGGUGCUCCAGGCCCUGUUUUACCUGCUGGACAGAGCAGUCGAGAGUUUCGAGACGCAGAGGAACGGCCUCGUCUUCAUCUACGACAUGGCUGGAUCCAACUACACCAACUUUGAGCUGGACCUCAGUAAGAAGAUUCUCAAUCUGCUCAAGGGUGCAUUUCCUGCUCGGCUGAAAAAAGUGUUCAUCGUUGGCGCUCCUGUCUGGUUCCGAGUGCCUUAUAACCUGCUGAGCCUGCUGCUCAAGGAGAAGCUCAGAGAAAGGGUCCAAAUGGUGAAGAUGACCGAUUUGCGGCAGCACCUUCCCAGAACCUGCCUGCCCGAGCACCUGGGUGGCUGCUUGCCUCUCGACGUCUACGGCUGGAACCAGCGGCUGCUGGCUGAGCAGAACGGCCACGUAGAUCCAGUUGAUGAGCUACUGGGCGUCCCACUGGCGACCUCAGCAGUACACACACCAGGCCCCGAAGCCAUGCGACUCCCCGAGUUCACAGCUCAUGUGACUCGGGCACAGCGUAGCGGACUUUAUCAUGAGUACGAAGAGAUCCGCAAAGAGCCACCGUCCGGAACCUUCCACUGUGCGCUGGCCGUUUACAACCAGGAGAAGAAUCGCUACGGUGAUGUUCUGUGUCUCGAUCAAACGCGUGUUCGUUUGAAAGCCAGAAGGAAUGAGAGAUCCGACUACAUCAAUGCCAGCUUCAUGGACGGCUACAAACAGAGGAACGCAUACAUCGGAACUCAAGGGCCGCUGGAGAAAACUUAUGACGAUUUUUGGAGAAUGGUGUGGGAGCAAAAUGUGCUAGUCAUCGUCAUGACAACGAGGACAGAUGAGGGCGGCAGGAGGAAGUGUGGACAGUACUGGCCUCUGCAGGAAGGAGGACAGGAAGUUUAUGGACACAUAGCUGUGGUCAACCAGAGAGUGGACAACCAUUCCCAUUACAAUCAAACCAUUCUAGAGCUGCAUAACACAGAGACUUGUGAGCAGAGGCAAGUGAGCCACUUUCAGUUCCUGAGCUGGCCCGACUACGGGGUUCCCUCCUCGGCGCUCUCUCUGCUCGACUUCCUGAGCACGGUGAAGAGACAGCAGAAGAGGGCAGUGAAGGCUCUGGGCUCACAGUGGAGAGGUCAUCAUCUGGGACCACCGAUGGUCGUCCACUGCAGCGCAGGCAUCGGCAGGACUGGUACAUUUUGCGCUUUGGACAUCUGUCUGUCCCAGCUGCAGGACGUCGGGACGCUGAACGUGUGCCAGACGGUGCGGCGCAUGAGAACGCAGCGCGCCUUCAGCAUCCAGACGCCCGAACAGUAUUAUUUCUGCCACACUGCCAUCCUUGAGCACGCCCAGCGUAACGCACAAGCCACCUCUAAUCAGUGAGAGACGGAGCCUGUCAUUGGCUCAGUUGGUAAUGGGAAUUUUUUAAAUGUUCGCCACGGACUAAACUCAACACCCUCACCCCCCAUCUUUCCCUCGUGUCCCUGAUGUUCACUCCAAGAACAGUAUUUUUUUUUUUUUUUUUUGGAGUUUUGUAAAACUGCUGAUGUUUUAAAAGUGCCACCGUCAUAGCAAUCAUAGCCAAUGCUGUUUUGCCAAGAGGCCUAAAUCUCUGCUGGAUCUAACUGAAGACUCAGUAAGUUUGGGUGUCUUGUAGCUAAUACGUACCGCUGUAUGAAUCAGAAGUGUACUACACUGUUUAUAUAGUUCAGCUGUCUAAAGAAAUGAUGUAAAAAAAAAAAAAAUGUAAAAAGCUCCCAUCGGGCUUUAAUUCACAUUUAAGCAAAAAAAAAAAGGUGAAGUUAUUAAUAAGUAAGUAGAACAGAAAAUCAGCUUGAACAGGAAAGUGUGUAAACUCUUCUGACUUUGAAUUCAGUUUAGCAGCUCAGUUAAGGGACCUGUGCUGAUGUAUUUUAUCAGAAAAUAUUACAACUGAAUUAGUUCUGAUGGUUUAAAAGCAGUCAAUAUUUUCCUCAUUACUACACAAACACACUGGACGCAGCAUCUUGGGUCCUCUGUCCUGUUAGUGUUUCACAGGCUGAAGUCUCAAGCUCCGUUUACUGUAUUAAACAAUACAAUAUGUAGCACAGUUCGCAAACGGACCGCUUAACAAAAUAACCCAUGGUUAAUCUACACAAUAUACAUUGGUUGGGUAUUGUUAUGGCGUUUAUAUUUAUAUUAUAAACUAGCUUCACUUUAAUUUCACAUUGUCUAUAGACAACAAUAGGCCUCAUUUUAUUAAUCUUUUAAUAAAGUUGUGUCCAAGUGUUUUUUUUUCCGUACGCCAAACCGAAAUAAAAUUCACAAAUGUUUCAGAAACCC